AUGCUUCCUGAAGAUUGGGUUUCAUGCUUGGUGAAGAAAGCAGAGGAUGCAUCUAAAAUGCUCAAACUUCAUGUUAUGCCUAGAACUUCCCUGCAAUGGUGCUCCUGUUUCAGUUCACUGGCCGGAGACAUUCAACAUGGGAAUUUGAAGCAUUUCCAGCAGCACUGGGUCAAAGGUGAGCCAGUGAUUGUGAGUGAUGUGCUUGAACAUACAUCUGGUUUGAGUUGGGAACCAAUGGUUAUGUGGCGUGCAUUCAGACAGAUAACACAUUCUCAGCAUUCUAAGCAUUUAGAUGUUGUGGCCAGUGAUUGCUUGGAUUGGAGUGAGACUAAGGAAACAGAUCUUUGCACUUUCAACAUGAACAGCAGCAGCAUGAACUCCCCAAAGAGGAAGAGAAGGAAACAGUUUGCAUGUGAAGUUGAUCUAUAUGGUGAUCUAAAUGGUAUUGUGUAUAAGAAGCUAGAUGAAGAAUGUCAUUCUGCUUUUUCAUCAGAAGAAGACAUCAACAUUGUGGGGGAUGAAGCAUAUAGUAGGACAAGAAAAGGUCCUCAAAAUAGAAAGAGGAAGAGAAGGAAACAGUUUGCAUGUGAAGUUGAUCUAUAUGGUGAUCUAAAUGGUAUUGUGUAUAAGAAGCUAGAUGAAGAAUGUCAUUCUGCUUUUUCAUCAGAAGAAGACAUCAACAUUGUGGGGGAUGAAGCAUAUAGUAGGACAAGAAAAGGUCCUCAAAAUAGAAAGAGGAAGAGAAGGAAACAGUUUGCAUGUGAAGUUGAUCUAUAUGGUGAUCUAAAUGGUAUUGUGUAUAAGAAGCUAGAUGAAGAAUGUCAUUCUGCUUUUUCAUCAGAAGAAGACAUCAACAUUGUGGGGGAUGAAGCAUAUAGUAGGACAAGAAAAGGUCCUCAAAAUAGAAAGAGGAAGAGAAGGAAACAGUUUGCAUGUGAAGUUGAUCUAUAUGGUGAUCUAAAUGGUAUUGUGUAUAAGAAGCUAGAUGAAGAAUGUCAUUCUGCUUUUUCAUCAGAAGAAGACAUCAACAUUGUGGGGGAUGAAGCAUAUAGUAGGACAAGAAAAGGUCCUCAAAAUAGAAAGAGGAAGAGAAGGAAACAGUUUGCAUGUGAAGUUGAUCUAUAUGGUGAUCUAAAUGGUAUUGUGUAUAAGAAGCUAGAUGAAGAAUGUCAUUCUGCUUUUUCAUCAGAAGAAGACAUCAACAUUGUGGGGGAUGAAGCAUAUAGUAGGACAAGAAAAGGUCCUCAAAAUAGAAAGAGGAAGAGAAGGAAACAGUUUGCAUGUGAAGUUGAUCUAUAUGGUGAUCUAAAUGGUAUUGUGUAUAAGAAGCUAGAUGAAGAAUGUCAUUCUGCUUUUUCAUCAGAAGAAGACAUCAACAUUGUGGGGGAUGAAGCAUAUAGUAGGACAAGAAAAGGUCCUCAAAAUAGAAAGAGGAAGAGAAGGAAACAGUUUGCAUGUGAAGUUGAUCUAUAUGGUGAUCUAAAUGGUAUUGUGUAUAAGAAGCUAGAUGAAGAAUGUCAUUCUGCUUUUUCAUCAGAAGAAGACAUCAACAUUGUGGGGGAUGAAGCAUAUAGUAGGACAAGAAAAGGUCCUCAAAAUAGAAAGAGGAAGAGAAGGAAACAGUUUGCAUGUGAAGUUGAUCUAUAUGGUGAUCUAAAUGGUAUUGUGUAUAAGAAGCUAGAUGAAGAAUGUCAUUCUGCUUUUUCAUCAGAAGAAGACAUCAACAUUGUGGGGGAUGAAGCAUAUAGUAGGACAAGAAAAGGUCCUCAAAAUAGAAAGAGGAAGAGAAGGAAACAGUUUGCAUGUGAAGUUGAUCUAUAUGGUGAUCUAAAUGGUAUUGUGUAUAAGAAGCUAGAUGAAGAAUGUCAUUCUGCUUUUUCAUCAGAAGAAGACAUCAACAUUGUGGGGGAUGAAGCAUAUAGUAGGACAAGAAAAGGUCCUCAAAAUAGAAAGAGGAAGAGAAGGAAACAGUUUGCAUGUGAAGUUGAUCUAUAUGGUGAUCUAAAUGGUAUUGUGUAUAAGAAGCUAGAUGAAGAAUGUCAUUCUGCUUUUUCAUCAGAAGAAGACAUCAACAUUGUGGGGGAUGAAGCAUAUAGUAGGACAAGAAAAGGUCCUCAAAAUAGAAAGAGGAAGAGAAGGAAACAGUUUGCAUGUGAAGUUGAUCUAUAUGGUGAUCUAAAUGGUAUUGUGUAUAAGAAGCUAGAUGAAGAAUGUCAUUCUGCUUUUUCAUCAGAAGAAGACAUCAACAUUGUGGGGGAUGAAGCAUAUAGUAGGACAAGAAAAGGUCCUCAAAAUAGAAAGAGGAAGAGAAGGAAACAGUUUGCAUGUGAAGUUGAUCUAUAUGGUGAUCUAAAUGGUAUUGUGUAUAAGAAGCUAGAUGAAGAAUGUCAUUCUGCUUUUUCAUCAGAAGAAGACAUCAACAUUGUGGGGGAUGAAGCAUAUAGUAGGACAAGAAAAGGUCCUCAAAAUAGAAAGAGGAAGAGAAGGAAACAGUUUGCAUGUGAAGUUGAUCUAUAUGGUGAUCUAAAUGGUAUUGUGUAUAAGAAGCUAGAUGAAGAAUGUCAUUCUGCUUUUUCAUCAGAAGAAGACAUCAACAUUGUGGGGGAUGAAGCAUAUAGUAGGACAAGAAAAGGUCCUCAAAAUAGAAAGAGGAAGAGAAGGAAACAGUUUGCAUGUGAAGUUGAUCUAUAUGGUGAUCUAAAUGGUAUUGUGUAUAAGAAGCUAGAUGAAGAAUGUCAUUCUGCUUUUUCAUCAGAAGAAGACAUCAACAUUGUGGGGGAUGAAGCAUAUAGUAGGACAAGAAAAGGUCCUCAAAAUAGAAAGAGGAAGAGAAGGAAACUGCCUGCAAUUUUUCAAAGCAAGUGCGAGAAACUGAGAAAAGAUAAUUCUGAGAAGGUAAACAGAGGCCAUCAAAUUACAGCUGAAGCUUCUGAAAGGAGUGAAGUGAAAAAACUGGACCAAGGCAAAAGUGGGAAGAGUGCCGAAUAUUCAAAUGCAGGAACAAUGUUGGAUGGGCUGGAACAUGCAGAUGGUGGUUCUGUAUGGGAUGUUUUUAGGAGACAAGAUGUUCCUAAGCUACAAGAAUAUCUUAAAAAGCACUUCCGGGAGUUCAGGCAUAUCCACUGUUCUCCAUUGCAGCAGGUUGUUCACCCCAUUCAUGACCAGACUUUCUAUUUUACUCUUGAGCACAAAAGAAAGCUGAAGGAAGAAUACGGAAUUGAACCAUGGACUUUUGUGCAAAAACUUGGAGAUGCAGUUUUUAUUCCUGCCGGUUGUCCUUAUCAAGUUAGAAACUUGAAGUCAUGCAUAAAGGUUGACCUUGACUUUGUCUCACCUGAAAAUUUAAGCGAGUGUAUUCGUUUAUCCGAGGAGGUCCGUUUGCUCCCUGAAAAUCAUAGAGCCAAAGAAGACAAGUUGGAGGUAGACCAUAUGACUAUUUCUCUAUAAUGUCAUCCGGAUUAUUUCUCUAUAAUGUCAUCCGGACUAUAUGUUGGCUUUUUCAACUAGGUAUUGGAAUGCCACAGAUUUUGCAUAUAUUUGACUUUGCUAAUCAGUUAAGACUCUACUUUUAAACUGGACCAAGUUAUUCCUCUCUAUCAAAUUUUAUCCAUUACUUUUCUAGUAUUACAUAUUUGCUUGCAUUUAGAUAAAAGGGUCUUACCUAAACAUUCAAAUGGAUUAUUGUUUUAAUUAAUUUCCCAUUCCGGUACCAUUUUUCUUAAUUUCUCGAAAAAUGUUUUCUAAUUAUUAAGUUUGUCAUAAUUAUGCCUCUUAAAAUUGUGUUUGUAGAUAUUUGUGAUGUAUUGACCACAAAAGAAUAUUUGUAUGUGAUUCUAAAAUCAGCUAAUAUCAUAAAUGUAUCACAAGCAUCACAUAUGUUAAACAUUAUAUUGGUGUAGGGAUCCUACUCCAACCAUCAAAAUUCACUCUAUCAGCAUUGACAUAUAUCACAAGAUCCUAAGAAGCAUGGACACACGACACGAUAAGGACACAUAGACACACGGAAAUUUUCAAAAUAUGUAGGACAUGACACGUGCAACAUUGACACAGCGUUAGUGUAAGAAUGAACUAGAUAUCGUUCUAGUAGACGAAACAGGGACUUGAUAUCGUUCUAGCAGACGAGAAUUCUUGAAUCCACAAGAACACCCUUGAAUCCACAAGGAAAAUAGAAGAAAAACUUUUUAAAAUAUUAUUGAUUGAAUGCCUCCAUUACAUAUGCUUGUAGGCUUAUUUAUAAUAAACUAAACGUAAUACUUGUAGGAAAAGUAAUUCUAAAAUAAACUAGGAAAUUUAAAUCAAUACAAAUUAGAAAACCUAAAAAAAUAGUAAAUUAAAAUUCUAAACUAUUUAAAAUCCUUGUCAAAAUCUAAUUCCAAAAUAAUAAAAUUAAGAAAUAUAAAAAUUAUAUAAUUUUGUUCUACAUCAUACUCCUCUUCUUUAAAAGAACUCGUCCUUGAGUUUCAACUACAGAUCUGUCAUCUUCCAUGACAAAUAAAGAGAUAU